UCAGCUGUGAAGAAAGCAGAUUGAGAAAGGAGGAAACAAUGCCAGUGCUUUCUGAGGAUAAAGCAGGAUCUCAUUCAUGUGCACCACCUCAGGACCUGGCAUAUACUAGGAGUUCAAAUAUGGGAUCCCUGAGGACACACUUGGCAAGGAGUGUGUCACAACCCAGAGCAUGGAUGACAUCCUUCCUGAUGCCCUUGAUGUAACUGUGUGGCUCAGCAAAGUAGGUGCGCAGCAGGGUCCCUGCGCAGCAGGGACCACUGCUAUCCUCCAGAAGUUUCAACGCUGCUCUUCAUCAUGUAUGGAUUUAAAAGCAGGGUGCCUGUCCUUGCUGGUGACCGUCCAGCACACGGAGCGCUAUGUCACCCUGUUUGCCUCUGUCAUCCUCAAAUGUGACUACACCACCUCCGCCCAGCUCCAGGAUGUGGUAGUGACGUGGCGCUUCAAGUCCUUCUGCAAGGACCCUAUCUUUGACUACUACUCUGCAUCUUACCAGGCAGCUUUAUCCCUGGGCCAGGACCCCUCCAAUGACUGCAAUGACAGCCAGCGGGAGGUUCGCAUCGUGGCUCAGAGGCGGGGGCAGAAUGAGCCCGUGCUGGGGGUGGAUUACCGGCAGCGCAAGAUCACCAUCCAGAACCGAGCAGACCUUGUGAUUAAUGAAGUGAUGUGGUGGGACCAUGGAGUGUAUUAUUGCACCAUUGAGGCUCCAGGGGACACAUCAGGAGACCCAGAUAAGGAGGUGAAGCUUAUUGUUCUGCACUGGCUGACAGUGAUCUUCAUCAUUCUGGGAGCCCUCCUCCUGCUCCUGCUGAUUGGAGUGUGCUGGUGUCAGUGCUGUCCUCAGUAUUGCUGCUGCUACAUCCGCUGCCCCUGCUGUCCUGCCCGUUGCUGCUGCCCCGAGGAAGCCCUGGCUCGCCACCGGUACAUGAAGCAGGCUCAGGCCCUAGGCCCUCAGAUGAUGGAAAAACCCCUAUACUGGGGGGCGGACAGGAGCUCCCAGGUUUCAUCUUAUCCAAUGAACCUGCUGCUGCAGCGAGAUUUGUCCCUGCGAUCCAGCCUCCCACAGAUGCCAAUGAGCCAGACCACUGCUCACCCUCCCAUCACCAAUGGUGUCCUAGAGUAUUUGGAGAAAGAGCUGCGGAACCUCAACCCAGCCCAGCCUCUGCCCCCUGACCUCAAAGCCAUAUCUGGCCAAGCCUGCAGCAUGCUGUCCUCCCUGGGCUCUGAGGUUGUGGAACGCAGAAUCAUCCACCUGCCUCCACUGAUCAGAGACCUGCCAUCCUCCCAGAGGACCAGCAACUCCUCCCACCAACAGUGGCUCACUCCAAUUCCCCCUGGACCCUGGGAUCUGAGGGAAGAGAGAAGGCAGCCCCACUACUCUGCUUUUCACCAGGAGCUCCAGGACGGGGAGCCUAAGCGCCGAGCAUUGGAAGGACGGGAGCUGAACCAACUUCGGAGGGGAAGGCGCCACUGCUCUGGGCUGCGUGGGUUACCCACGCCCUGGGCAGACAGGGACAGCCUCAGUGACGGCCCCUCGUCCAGUGAGGCCCGCUGGUGGCCCAACCACCUAUCUGCUCGGAGCCACUACUCAGGCCGACCUCACAGGCCUGGCCCCCGGGAGAAUGCCCAGAGGCCCCGGAGGUGCAGGCCCCGCAGCUACUCCCCGCCCUUGCCUUCCGGCCUCAGUUCCUGGAGCUCUGAGGAGGAUGAGAAGGAGAGGCAGUCCCGGAGCUGGGGAACCCACCGCCGCAGCUCACACCCCUCACACUGGCCUGAGGAGAAGCCACCCAGCUACUGCUCGCUGGAUGUCAUGCCAGGCAAGAAUGGCAGGAAAAAAGGGAGUGUGGAGAGGCGCUCGGAGAGAGACAGCUCCCAUAGUGGAAGGAGUGUGGUCAUUUAGUCACCCGGCACAGAACUACUUCUUUGGCUACUUCUCAGCUCCGCAAGUCAUCAGCAUCACCUAGAUGUCCAGCUGACUUGGGACGGACUCUACCAAUCCGUUUCUAACAGUUCUGGCUUAGGUUCUGAGAAUAAAACAGAAAAAUAUUAAAAACAUGAGUUUGAGGGGUGCCUGAGUGGCUCAGUCAGUUGAGCGUCUGACUUCGGCCCAGGUCAUGAUCUCACGGCUUCUGUGUUCUAGCCCCGUGUUGGGCUCUGUGCUGAUAGCUCAGAGCCUGGAGCCUGGUUCGGAUUCUGUGUCUGCCUCUCUCUCUGUACCCCUCCCCUUCUCAUGCUCUGUCUCUUUCUGUCUCUCAAAAAUAAAUAAACAUUAAAAAACCUGUUUAAAAAACAAGAGUUUGAGGAAUUCAUGACUAUAGUGUUAGCUUUGGCUCACACUCUGCACAUUUAGAGUACCUGACAUGUAAUGGACCCUAACUGGGAUGUGAUCCCUCAGAAACUUAGUAGCUGGAGUCUUCAGCUAGGUUACACACUCAGAACCGUGGCCAUUUUCACAGAACUCAGGAAUCUUGAAGAAGAAAUCAAACAUGUUUCAGGUGCAGGAAAUUUAUUGAAUAGUAUGUGAGAAAUUUCCAUGGGAACUUGUCUCUAUCUCUAUAGCAUACCUCCAUAUUAGGAGUACACUUUGCUGCACCUAUGCCCAUUCCUGAGUGCUCUUGAGGAUCAAGUCAGAGAUAGCAUGGGAAAUACUCCAGCAGCGUGUUCUCUCAUGGGUUAUUUAUGCAAGUGUCGAAAAUCACAAGAGGCAAUUUUGCACCAAACUUGUUCCUGUCCCUUGUUUUCAUUUUGCUCUUUUUUUUUUUUUUUUUUUUUGCUUAUAUCUAAUUUAUAUAUUCUUACAUAUUAUGUAUCCAUUAAAAUCACUUUGAAUGCUUCUUGGGGACAACACAGUAUAUAAAUAAAUUAGAAACAAAAUGUACUGACCUAAGGAUUCUGCCCCAAAUAAAUACCUACUUUGAUGUA